AUGGGGAAUAGAGUAUUUUUAUUAUUAUUAGUACUUUUAUUAUUUAUCAAUUUAUCAAAGUGUAGAAAGGAGGAUGGAGAUGGUGGUACCCCUAAAUGUACAGAUGAUCAUCAUCAUUUUGAAGUAGAUUAUUUAGUGUUGGGUGCUGGUACUGCUGGAUCAAUUAUGGCAUCUAAACUAUCAGAGGAUCCAAAUACCAAAGUAUUGCUAGUCGAGCGUGGUGAAUGGGAUACCAGUCCAUACAUUUACAACAUAUCCAAUUGGUAUUACAGAUGGCUUGUCAAACCAGACCCACUCUACAGUCACACAUAUGUUGGAGAACCUGAACCAAAUUUCAAUGGUGAAAGACCAAGAAAUGUUGUUGGAACUAUGGUUGGUGGUUGUUCAUCACAUAAUGGUAUGGUUGCAAAUAGUGGUAGUGCAGAAAGAGAUUAUGAUGAAUGGGGAGAGAUGACAGAUGCAAAAGAGAAUUGGUCGGGUGAUAUUGCCAAGGAGAGGUUAAAAGAAUUUAUGGAGAUAUUCCCAUUGACCUAUAUGGAUAGGAAUAGAACAUGGAUGCCAGAGAUGGGACAGGCGAUUGAGUCGCCGGCGAUGGGUUACACAUUUACAACGGUCGAAGAGAACUUUGUUGUUAAAUAUCGUGCCAUUAAAAUGGAGUAUGAACAACAAAAACCAGUAAAAGGUGACAAAGACAACAAGAAUGAUAAUGCAGCUGAAGACAACAAGACCACAUCAAUGGUCAAGGUAAAGGGUGUAUGGGUACAACUUAAUUAUCGUGGUUGGUGUUGGAGAUAA